GGGCAACACUGAGAGUGGAAGUGACUGAGCAGUGCUGUGGACACAGACCCCACCACUCACAGCCCAUAGGAUUCUGGGAAGUGCUCCUGCCUGAGAGAACACUCAGCUCAGAAGGAGGAAGGACAGCAGAGGCCAGGUGCCUUGCAGGAGCUGAAGGUUUCCUCAGAGAAAGGCCAGUACAGUGAGAAGAGAUAUGGAGGUGUCCUCUGAGCUUCUCAGCAAUGGGUGGACCUCCUGGCAGAGGGUUCUGCUCACAGCCUCCCUCUUAACCUGCUGGUUCCUGCCCAUCACUGCCCGAGUCACCAUCGAAUCCGUACCACCCAAAUUGGUCGAAGGAGAAAAUGUUCUUCUACGAGUGGACAAUCUGCCAGAGAAUCUUCGAGUCUUUGCCUGGUACAGAGGGGUAAUAAAAUUUAAGCUUGGAAUUGCACUGUAUUCACUGGACUAUAACACAAGUGUGACAGGACCUGAGCACAGUGGUAGAGAGACAUUGCACAGCAACGGGUCCCUGUGGAUCCAAAGUGCCACCCGGGAAGACACAGGAUAUUACACGUUUCAAACCAUAAGUAAAAAUGGAAAAGUGGUAUCAAAUACAUCCAUGUUCCUUCAGGUGUACUCCUCUCUUUUCAUCUGUGGGCGCCCUUCUCCACCUGCACUCCUCACUAUUGAAUCAGUGCCAGCCAGCGUUGCUGAAGGGGGAAGCGUUCUUCUCCGUGUUCACAAUCUUCCAGAGCAUCUUCAAUCGCUUUUUUGGUACAAAGGGUUGACUAUGUUUAACAAGGUUGAGAUUGCCCGGCACAGAACCGCCAAGAAUUCAAUUGAAAUGGGCCCUGCCCACAGCGGUAGAGAGAUAGUGUACAGCAAUGGAUCCCUGCUGCUCCAGAAUGUCACCUGGAAGGACAUCGGAUUCUACACCCUACGAACUCUGAAUAGAUAUUCGAGAAUAGAAUUAGCACACAUUUACCUUCAGGUGGACACCUCCCUUUCCUCGUGCUGUGACGCUUUCAACUCUGUCCAACUGAGGAUCGAUCCAGUGCCACCACAUGCUGUCGAAGGGGAAAGUGUUCUUCUCCAGGUCCAUAAUCUGCCAGAAGAUGUGCAAACCUUUUUGUGGUACAAAGGCGUCUAUAGCACUCAGGACUUUAAAAUUGCAGAAUACAGCAUAGUGACAGAGUCUAUCAUCAGUGGCCGUGCACACAGUGGAAGAGAGAUAGGGUACACCAAUGGAUCCCUGCUCCUCCAGGAUGUCACUGAGAAAGACUCUGGCUUCUACACACUAGUAACAAUCGACAGCAAUGCGAAAGUUGAAACAGCGCAUGUGCAAGUCAAUGUGAACAAGCUUGUGACACAGCCUGCCAUGAGAGUCACAGAUAGCACAGUUCGAGUACAGAGCUCAGUGGUCUUCACUUGCUUCUCAGACAACACUGGGGUCUCCAUCCGUUGGCUCUUCAACAAUCAGCGUCUGCAGCUCACAGAGAGGAUGACACUGUCCCCAUCAAAAUGCCAACUCAGGAUACAUACUGUGAGGAAGGAGGAUGCUGGAGAGUAUCAAUGUGAGGCCUUCAACCCAGUCAGCUCAAAGACCAGUCUCCCAGUCAGCCUGGCUGUGAUGAAUGAGUGACCCCUCCUCUCAUGCUAUAUCAGGGUGGGGGCAUUUCUGUAUUGAGAUGUCCACACCUACCCACCCCUGCCAGUUACAGAUUUCCAUUCAUUCAUAUGGACAGUUGUCGAUCUCUCCCAUCCCUCCCCACACCUGAUUCUGAUGCCCUCCAUUUUCUCCCACAUCCCCUCUCCUACCUAGUUCCCUCCCUCCAUCUGCUUCCUACGACUAUUUUUCUCCCUUUUAUGUGAGAUUAAAGCAUGCUCCCUUGGCCUUCCAUCUUGUUUAGCAUCUUUGGAUCUGUGUAGUGUAGUGUAGUGUAGUGUAGUGUAGUGUAGUGUAGUGUAGUGUAGUGUAGUGUGUGUAUCUUGUAUUUUAUGGCUUAUGUCCACUUAUCAGUGAGUAUAUACCCUGCAUGCCAUUUUGGGACUGUGUUACCUCACUUAGGAUGAUAUUCUCAAAUUCCAUCCAUUUGCCUUCAAAUUAAUGAUGUCUUUGUCUUUAAUAGUUGCAAUGUAAUUUAUGGAGCACUUGGUACCACAUUGUGUCUAUUCUUUCAAGCUGCUUGUGCCCUUCACACACUGCUCUGCUUACUAUUGGUAGACAAUGCAGCCCAAGGGGAAAAUGUUCCAUUUGUUCUUCUUUUUUUUCUUUUUACAUCCAAAACAUUUCAAUAAUAAGGAAAAAAUCAUAAAUCUCAAUAAUGCAUUUCUAAUGAUCAAAAUCUCAAGUUAAAAAACUUCGACCUUCAAUAUCCAUUGCAAGUAAAAGUAACAAAACGUAUCUGAAUACAAUAAAAAUUCUGAUGAUAUAUAGUCAUUUUAUAUUGAGGCCACAAAUAUAGUAACAUAAACCCAAGUUAUCUGUGUAAUUAAUUUUAAAGUCUGAAAUCCUUGGUAAAGUUUGGAUCUCUUGGAAGUAAUAAAGUUAACUCUUGUUUUAGUCUC